UACGUCUUCGCCACGUUGUACCCUUCCAGCGUAAGAAGCUUAUCCAGCCGUUACCUGCAGCACUGCCCCCUCAAUUCUUUGCUUCGUUGCAACAGCCUCGCUGUGAAAACGCUCAACUGCUGCCAAGGCACGCUUUGUUCGCGUUUACUGUAAAUUGGCCUCGCCUUACAUGGCUCGGUGACCAUACGCCCACAUCUGCAUCUUCCCUUGCUAGACAUCACUCGUCAUGGAGAGAUACAGUCAGUUCCGCGACAAAGGUACAGCCAUAGCGCCAUUCCUCCCUGUUCCUUCUCCACCGGUCGGCAUCAUCUGGCAACCGUUAUACUUCGCCCUCUUCUGCGUGCGCGCACCUUUCUUCUUCGCCUUCUCACUAUUUUACUUCCUGAUUCUGGAAUGGAUAUCCGUGGGUCGGAGAUUGAAGUAUGGGGUACUAUGGCUGAUGCUGGGCAUUCCUGGCGUGUGGUGGGUGGACUUGCAGGUUGACGGUGUCAAGAGAGGACAGCUACAUUCUGCGAAAGACAACCUCCCCAAAGCCGGCACGAUCAUCGCUUCUUCCUUCACGUCACCCCUCGACCCGCUCUACCUCGCCGGUAUCUUCCAACCCAUCUUCACCCGCUCAUACCCCCACCACCGAAAGGUCGAACGCAUAACCCUCUUCCGCGCGAUACUACAUGCAUUCUCUCCACCCGCCCUCUCCCCACCUGACUCCUCCAAACUCGUCUCCCUUCAACAACUCACCGACGAGAACCCCAGCAGGAUAAUCUGCGUAUUCCCCGAAACAACCACCACAAACGGCAGGGGCAUCCUCCCACUAUGCCCCAGCCUGCUGAGCGCAGACGGCAAGACCAAAAUCUACCCCGUUAACCUCCGCUACACACCUCAAGACGUCACAACACCCGUCCCGGGCGGCUACCCCUCCUGGUUCUGGGGCCUCCUCAGCAAACCCUCACACCAAAUGCGCGUCCGCAUCGCUUCGCGCGUAUACAACAGUAGGAAUCAGGACUCGCCGUCCCGCUCUACAUCCAGUUCGAAACAAAACUCUGUUAAGGCAUCGGGUUACGACACGAAUAUCUUCGACCAACCGGACUUUAGGAAUGGGUUUAGUGGCAAGCAUGGUGAGGCGGGUGAUGGCAUGGAUGUCGAUGUUGGUGGUCAGGUCAAUGGCGAUGAUGGCGUUGUGAGUGAGGAGGAGCAAAAGGUUCUUGAGCGGGUUGCGGAGGAUUUGGCGAGAUUGGGGAGGGUUAAGAGGGUUGGGUUGGGGGUCGAGGAGAAGGUGGAGUUUUUGAAGGUUUGGGGAAGGAGGAAACGUUAGACGGAGGUAUGGGCUGUGAGGUUGAUUAAGUAGAGAGGGCGGUGGAGGAACAGGAACACAGUGAAGAUCGAUGAGUAGGCCAAGGCUUUAUGGCUAUUCUAAAGCAUUGUAUUCCUUGAUAAGGACAGAAUACAUGGAUAUAUAAUUUCAGAAUUAGCACGCCUCAUGAUUCCGCCGCG